GCUACUGCUGUCACACAGAUACACUCACUCACUCACUCACGCACGCACGCACAGAGUAACGGCUUUGAUUUGACUCUUCAGCCUCACCAGGACAGACAGCAGCGGAGACGCCUCUGUGUGACAUCCCCCCAUAAAGUAACUACAACUACAAAGGAGCAAGUGGGAAAGCAUAAUCAGACAACAUACUCUCACAUCUACUCCACUGCAACAAACAGGGUAAAAAAAAAAGAAAAAGAAAGACAAAAGGAGCGACCACUCCGUGACGAGCUAAGAUUGGUUAUUUGAGCAGCCAGGGCUUUAGAUAAAUGGCUGACAAGCAGAUCAGUUUGCCUGCCAAAUUGAUCAAUGGAGGGAUCGCUGGCCUAAUUGGAGUGACCUGUGUGUUUCCCAUUGACCUGGCCAAGACUCGUCUGCAAAACCAGCAAAAUGGAUCUCGCCUUUACACCAGCAUGUCAGACUGCCUUAUUAAGACCAUCCGGUCAGAGGGGUAUUUUGGGAUGUACCGAGGAGCUGCGGUGAACUUAACACUAGUCACGCCAGAGAAAGCCAUCAAAUUGGCCGCCAACGACUUCUUCAGGCAUCACCUCGCCAAGGAUGGUAAACUCACUCUACUCAAAGAGAUGCUGGCUGGGUGUGGGGCAGGUACAUGCCAGGUUAUUGUCACAACUCCCAUGGAGAUGUUGAAAAUCCAGCUCCAAGAUGCUGGACGCAUUGCUGCUCAGAGGAAGCUGAUGCCAGAGACAGUGGCAGCAGGCACUGUAGAGACCAAAUCCCCGACAGCCAUUCAGAUAUCAAGAGAGUUACUGAGGGAAAAGGGCAUAGCUGGGCUGUAUAAAGGCCUUGGUGCCACAUUGCUCAGGGAUGUUCCUUUCUCCAUCAUUUAUUUCCCCCUCUUUGCCAAUCUGAAUAAACUGGGCACAAAAGGUGACGGUCCUGCACCUUUCUACGUGUCAUUUAUAUCAGGCUGCCUCGCAGGGAGCACAGCGGCUGUUGCUGUCAACCCCGUCGACGUGAUAAAGACUCGACUGCAGUCACUGAACAGGGGGAGCACAGAAGACACGUACAGUGGCGUGACAGACUGUAUCAGGAAAAUCUUGCGUAAUGAGGGUCCGUCAGCCUUCCUGAAAGGAGCCUACUGUCGAGCCUUGGUUAUUGCACCCUUGUUUGGCAUCGCCCAGGUCGUCUAUUUCCUGGGUGUGGGUGAAUUUUUACUCAGCUACUUGCCUAAGAAAGACAACUAAGAAGCGCCUCCUUUCUUCAUCUCCCUCCCGCAGUAGAUCUCAUCAACAACAUGAAAAUCACCUCAUUCUGGAGUUUUUAUUGGGUCAAAGCACGAUCACUUACUUUUUUUUUUUUCCCAAAUUUGUUGAAUGUUGAAAUGAUUUAGGAAAGAUCAUUUGUUUGCCAAGCUGCCUAUGGUGGCACACAAAGUUCCAGUAGGCAGUUUCAGCUAGCUCCCUGGAAGUGAAGCCACAAAUAUCAGUUGAAUUUUAUUGCAUCAUUGAAUAUGAUUGUCGAAUUUAAAAGUAGAUGCACUGCCAUUGGUUGCUGCAGUUCUACAGGCCCUAUUUUAUGUUAUUUUAUAACAACAAAAUAAGUCUCACAGAGAUAGUCAUUUACAGUAAAUGUAACCCCUAAGUAGUGACCAUUAGCUCUGGUCAAAUAUAUACUAAGAUGCUAUAUAAUAUUUUUUCCCAGACACUAUUUCUAAAGUAGAUAGUAAGUAGAGUAAAUGAUAUGCCUAUGCUCAGACAAAGACCCAGGGAAUGUGUUAAUGUGAUAACAGCACCUAUGAUCUUUCCUGAGAAACCACAUCCCUUCCUGUACACGCUUGUAAUGAACUCAGCCAUUCAGCUCCAAGCAUACUUUGAUUGCCUCUGCCAGUUAAGUAGAUCAGGUUCCAGCUGUCAUUUAGAGCCACAAUAAUGGUUCAAUUGUAAAAGACAGCACCGUGUGCACACUAGACUGAAGAGGCAUUGUACUAUAUUUGGGCGUUAUCUGCAAGUCACAGAAUUACAAAAAGUACACCUUAUGUGCUUCUUUUUUUGUGCCGCCUGAGUUGAAAAUUCUUAAUCAUGUUGUACUCGAGGACACACCCCAAUCAGUGAUUUCACAGCAGGGGGUUUGUCUUUGAGGGAUGAGGGGAGACACCUGCUGUGACAUCACUGAUUGGGUUGCAGCCAAAAGUGCAGCGUGAUUUAAACUCUCAGUCCACAGC